GCCGCGCGCCGGGCUCUCGCUCCCCGCCGGGCUCGCGCCUCAGAGGCCGGUGAGGCGCCGGCGGCCACGCCGCGGAGGGCGCGGGCCAAGCAGAGCCGGGCGUUGGGGCCCGCGUGCGCAUGGAGGCGUUGCCGGCAGGCCCCUGAGGGCAACGGGGAGACACGACCCGGCGACCUCGCGCAUCCCUCGAGCCGCCACGCGCUCUCGCCACCGGGCGGCAACGGGCCGCGGAGCCGGCGCGGCCAUGGCGACGGGCGGCCAGCAGAAGGAGAACACGCUGCUUCACCUCUUCGCCGGCGGGUCGAUCUUGGAGAAAGAGGGACCAAAGUCACUUUUUAGAGGCUUGGGUCCAAAUUUGGUUGGAGUUGCACCAUCAAGGGCUGUAUACUUUGCAUGUUACUCCAAAGCCAAAGAGCAAUUUAAUGGCAUUUUCGUGCCUAACAGCAAUAUUGUGCAUAUUUUCUCAGCUGGCUCUGCAGCUUUUAUCACAAAUUCCUUAAUGAAUCCUAUAUGGAUGGUUAAAACCCGAAUGCAGCUAGAACAGAAAGUGAGGGGCUCUAAGCAGAUGAAUACACUCCAGUGUGCUCGUUACGUUUACCAGACUGAAGGCAUUCGUGGCUUCUAUAGAGGAUUAACUGCUUCGUAUGCUGGAAUUUCCGAAACUAUAAUCUGCUUUGCUAUUUAUGAAAGUUUAAAGAAGUAUCUGAAAGAAGCUCCAUUAGCCUCGUCUGCAAAUGGGACUGAGAAAAAUUCCACAAGUUUUUUUGGACUUAUGGCAGCUGCUGCUCUUUCUAAGGGCUGUGCCUCCUGCAUUGCUUAUCCACACGAAGUCAUAAGGACAAGGCUCCGGGAAGAGGGCACCAAGUACAAGUCUUUUGUCCAGACAGCGCGCCUGGUGUUCCGGGAAGAAGGCUAUCUCGCCUUUUAUAGAGGACUCUUUGCCCAGCUUAUCCGGCAGAUCCCAAAUACUGCCAUUGUGUUGUCUACUUACGAGUUAAUUGUGUACCUGUUAGAAGACCGUACUCAGUAACAUGCCAGAAAUUUGUGCUCUAGAAGAAUAAAACUGAAAAACUCUAGAGAAUUUUUUUCCCCCAUUGAUGUUUAGAACGUUUGAGACUGAAACAGGAAAGGCCAUAAAAUAUCUGGCUAAUAUCACCUGUUGGACAUUUCCUUUUGGAUUCAUGCUUUCUGGAAGGUUUAAAUUCAUUAACGUUAAUAGUUAAUUAUAACAUUUUUUUUAACUUAAGAGGAUUCAGGGUUAAGCACCAACUAAAUUAAAUCAUGCUAUUUAAUUUAAGUAUACAUUUGGCUUGUGUUCUCUUUUAUGCUCACUGUACUAUGAAGGACUUAAGUAGUUCAGAUAAACAUGCCCUAGAAAUGCAUAGAAAAAUGAUGAAGUCAGAAUACAACUUGUUUUGUAAUCUGACUUUAAGAUCUUGCACUGUUAGAUAGGGAAGAAAUGUCACAUUUUGGCUGGGUGCAGUGGCUCAUAUCUGUAAUCCCAGCACUUUGGGAGGCCGAGGCAGAUAGAUCACCUGAAGUCAGGAGUUCCAGACCAGACUGGCCAACAUGGCGAAACCCUGUCUCUACUAAAAAUAUAAAAAUUAGCCAGGUGUGCGCCUGUAAUCCCAGCUACUUGGGAGGCUGAGGCAGGAGAAUCACUUGAAACCCCCCGGGGGCGGAAGUUGCAGCCAGCCGAGAUCGUGCCACUUCACUCCAGCGUGGUUGACAGAGCGAGACUCUAUCUCAAAAGAAAAAAAAGCGUCACAUUUUGAUGGUGGUGUGUGGACCAGGAGAAACUUCCCAGCAGUUUUUCUCCUUUGUACAUUUCCAAUUACAUGCAGAUUGAUCAUCUAAGCUUUCAGACUACUGAGAUUAAUAUAUAUAACUUUCUGACACUAAAUAUUUUAAGCUAUAAAAAAUUUCCUGAAGUUAUCCUCUUCUCCCUACUUUGAACCAAAGGCAAGAAUUUUUAAAGAACUGGUUAUCAGUGGCCUGGCUCCUGGAUAUAGUUCCGGAAGUUAAGACCAGUUACCUUGUUAAGUGUGUGACAGCACAGCCGCCCUGUUUGGCUGUGAAUCCAGAAUGUGAUGAAGAACGGUCAUUACCACUGAGGUCUUUAGCCCUGUUCUUGGACCUCUGCUCUUGCAGAAAAGGAGCACAACAUAGGACUACGGCUCACCCGUCAGAGAGCUCACCUUUAUUCUGAUAGAAAGUACUGGGAUUGUUUAAAUAUCCUAGUUCAACGUU